AGAGGAGGCACAGGCAUGUGGCAGGAAAUCCUUCCAAACACCUGGGAGAAUGUCUUGUCCCAGAUCAGAUCUUUUGAAUACUCUCAGAAGAAUGCAGUCCUGGUCCCUGUGGCUGCCCUGGCGGUUGGAGGUAUCCUGAUUUACUGGCUGAGGUCUAGACACAAGGUCAAGACUAUUGAAAUGGGCGAUGGAUGGUGGGGCUCAGGUGAAAGACCCCUAAAAGGAAAAGAAGAUGAAAGUAUCCGUCCCUUCAAGAUUGAAACAUCUGACAAAGAGAUCGAGGACCUGCACCGUCGCCUGGAGCAGGCCCGCUAUGCACAGCCGCUGGAAGGAGCUGUCUUCGAUUACGGCUUCAACUCCGACUACCUGCGGAAGGUGGUGGCCUACUGGAGGAACCAGUUCGACUGGCGCAAGCAAGUGGAAGUCCUGAACAAAUAUCCCCAUUUCAAAACCACCAUUGAAGGGAUUGAUAUCCAUUUUAUCCAUGUGAAGCCCUCCUACAUCCCUCAUGGCCAAGCCGUUAAGCCUCUGCUGAUGGUCCAUGGCUGGCCUGGCUCCUUCUACGAGUUCUACAAGAUCAUCCCUCUGCUCACAGAGCCAGCUAGGCAUGGUCUGAAUGAAGGUGAUGUGGUAUUUGAGGUCAUCUGCCCAUCCAUCCCAGGCUAUGGCUUCUCAGAGGCACCACACCAGAAAGGCUUUGACUCCAUAGCAACUGCUCGAAUAUUUCAUAAGCUGAUGAACAGACUGGGGUUCAAGGAAUACUACCUACAGGGAGGAGACUGGGGAUCUCGAAUUACCACAAACAUGGCCCAAAUGCUGCCACAAGCUGUGAAAGGGCUUCACCUGAACCUCAUCUUCUUUGGCGCUGGAAAUUUUAGAAGUAUUCUUUCUGUAAUGUUUGGGGCUUAUGUACCAUGGCUUGUAGGCUUCACUAGGGAAGAUGUUCGACGUAUGUACCCUUUUAUCCAGAAGAAUUUUUAUCAAAUUCUGCAAGAGUCUGGAUACUUACACAUCCAAGCCACCAAACCAGACACUGCAGGCUGUGGACUGAAUGACUCUCCUGUGGGACUUGCUGCAUAUAUCUUGGAGAAAUUCUCUACCUGGACAGAUAAAUCAUUUCGGCAUAAAGAGAAUGGAGGCUUGGAAAGCAAAUACACUCUUGAUGAGCUUUUGACUAAUGUGAUGAUAUAUUGGGUGACAGCCUCCAUUGUGUCCUCCAUGCGAUACUACAAGGAGAACAUCUCCAAGGACCCUAGUCUAACUAGUGAUGCCAGGGUUGGAGUACACGUUCCAACAGGGAUUGCAGCUUUUCCUCAGGAGAUAGUGCACGUACCACCUGUCUGGGCAAAGCAGAUCUUCAGAAACAUCGUCACUUACUCUUAUAUGCCACAUGGGGGGCAUUUUGCUGCUUUUGAGGAACCAAGGCUUCUGGCAGAAGACAUCAUUCACUUUGUCAGAAAGGUGGAAAAGCUGUGAACCUGUGGUUUAGAUACACAGAGGAUGGAAGCAAGUUGUUCUGACACCAGCAGAACCUUUAAAGGAUUAAAUAAAUCCAAUGUAAUCACAUUGUAAUCAAAAUAAAACAGCAUUUUAUUUUGAUGA